AUGGCGAGUACUAAAAAAAAAGGUGAUACAAAAAGUGCUUCUUCUUCAAAGGCUGCAGCUGUAACUAAGCAUCAUCAUCAUGAUAAUCCUGAUCAAAUAUGUAAUAUGGGUCAGUUUCUCAAAGCUCAUCCAUUUUUAUCACAACUUGUACGUGAUGAUGGAAUUCUAUUUGAAUGUGAUGGUCAAGCUCCUGCUCCAUCGAAAGAUUACGGUCGCCUAGAAAUUACAAUAGAUAAGAUAAUUCUACGUUGGUGGAAAAUAACACUUCGAAAUGUUGAUGGUUCAAUGUAUCCAAGUGAAAAAAAGGAUUCAUACGAAGAUUUUUAUUAUGAUGAAAUUGCUCGACGUGAAGUGUCCCGUUUCUUUGGUCAAAAUACACUUGAUUAUUGUUUAAAUGUAGUUACCGGAAAAUAUGAUUGGAUAGCACGUCUUCCACCAAAUAUUCAAAUACGUAUUCUUUCAUUUGUAAAUCUUGAAGAUAUUCCACAAAUAGCAUUAGUAUCAAAAUCAAUUCGUUCGCUGUGUCGUAAUAAUGAUCUUUGGAGAAUAUUUUAUACAAAUCACUAUGGGCAACAUGCUCUAGAAAAUAAAGAUUUAAUUCAUUUAGCUGAAGAACGUGGUUGGCGUCAUGUAUUUUUUACCAAUCGGUUGAAAUUACAAAUGCAAUUACGUCGUGCAGCUCAAAUUGAUCGUCAUCACCCAGAAGAUCCAUCAGAUCUUGUCAGAGCACGAGAACGUCGUUCGCAAUUGCAACCAAGUCCACCAGCAACACCAAGACAACAAGAGCGCGCUGUUCAACCAGCAAUGCGACGUCAUUCGUUCGCAACACGUAAAGAACCGCCAUUAUAUUCACCUCGUGCAUCACCUCUUCCUGAUGAACAAGAACCUCCUCUUACAGAUCGAUCAUAUAAGAAUGAAUUACCGAGAAUACGCCGGGCACCAUCACCUGCUUCAUCAGUACGAUCAAAUGCAGGUAGUGAUGCUUCGUCAUCAUCGGCUCUACAACCACCUUCGAAACCAUUUCAUGGAUCAUCCAAUCGUCAUUAA